AGCUGCAUGAAGGCCUCUAGAACGCGCCUCUCGCCCGCCUUUCUCCUUCUUGCCUGGCGCGGUAUUCUUCUGCUACAGUGCGAGUAGUCGCGGAGUUGCUGCCGUUCGUUCCUGCUUGUCGCGCCGUUACCAAAUCCCUCCUUCGACUGCCUUCUCGCUGCCCUUUGACCCAUCUCCUCGCGUAUCCAACCUUGCAGACAUCUCACAGACAGCAUCGCUAAUCGGCAACGUCGCUGGCGACAGGCAUUAGCAAUCUCGGCUUUCGUGCCGAGGCGGGCAGAGUGAGGCGGCUCGGCAGCAGUAUGAGCAGUCAUGGGUUGCUGUCACUCGAGAGCCGCGAGCGAGUCGCCAUACGGCGAGGCAAAUGCGCCUGGGUCGGAACACAAUGCACCCAACGACUCAUCCCGCGCAGCGAUCAACCGCCCAUCGCAAGCACCCGAUGCUCGAAGUAAUACUUCGCGCGAGCCUCAGAUUAACAAUGCUGGUGCGAGUCGACGACCAGAUGGAACGAUAGUGCGCCCAAACCAGCCGCUGCAGGCCCCUCGACCCGUGGGACACUGUCCGAAAUAUUAUAGUCACCACCAGCCGCCCUGGACACGACGCAUUCUCGAGGACCUACGAAAAGAGUUCUUCGAUACUCGUACCAGUAACAGAAGGGAGAUUUGGGAUGCUCUAGAAAUAGUGACUGAGAGGAUGCGUGCUGGCGAUCUCGACCAGGCGCAAGCAGUUUUGGACGCCGCAGGCCUCACAGUGCCCAAUGGUCGACUGGCACGAGGAGCUAAGGGUAGAGAGAGGAGUCUUGAGGGUGUCUACGACGAUAGGGGAAAACUUUACGACAUACCUUACUGGAUUGUGGCUGAUCCAGCCGACAUCAUCGAGGGCGGCGACGAGAAAGAUAUUGACAACACUGAAGAUGACGAAGAUGUAGACUCGGCUUCACGACGAGAGGAAAAGGGCAAAGGCCGUGCCGAGGAUAUUGGAGACGAAAUGCGCGUCACCGCUCGACUGAAUACGGCCGCCCAAGAUGUGACCGUCACCAUUGGCACUAAACAAACCAUAUUGGUCCUCAAGCGGAAAAUUGAACAGCAGAACAACAUAAAGCUGAACAAGCUCAUCCAUCUUGGUAAGAUCUUGAAGGAUCACCAAACAUUGGAAAGCACGGGCUGGAAGUCGGGCCAGAUCUUGAAUGCUUUCGUGGACGACCGCGCGGUGACGGAGCACUCUACAGCAUAGCUUGCGGAUCACGACGGGCUUCAGACCUACCCUUUUGAGCCUCCCGAAGAGCGUCCUGAAGAGCAUCCUGAAGAGCGUGCUGCUGUUGCAGAGCUUCCUCGUGUUCCAGAGCGUCCUCGUGUUCCAUGGUACCGACGGGAACCAAAUGCGAUUGCGGAUCAGUACGCCAUAUGGACUCUGUUGGCGAUGUUGUGGCGGAAGAUGAGACGUGAGUACUCGAAUCGAAGGGCCGAAGCAAGAGCUCGAAGGGAACAGAAUCAACCCGCCCAGGACGAGAUUCCCAUGCAAUCGCUAUAAUGGGGACGAACAAGGAGCUAGGAAUGAGCCAUGGGAAAUGAGAGCUCGUGAACUCGAGGCACAGGCUCUUAUGCGCGCUUGUAAAUUCUUAUUGGGUGCAUGAAUUGCAUUGAAGUGAUACCACGGCGCAACAGUACGAUCUUUAGAGGCGGAGGAACAAUGCAUUAUAUUUUGUACAUACCUGUCGCUCUUCUCACAUGAACCUGAAUUCGUAACAUCAAAU